AUGGCCGUUGGGCACAACAGAGAUACCAGAGAAACAAGCGGCGGUUGUGCAGGAUGCCAGAAGAUGGAGGCCGAAGAAGAAACCACCGAGAAGGAAGACGAUGGCCUGUUUACACCCGCCGAAACGGUGGUCAGUGACAAUGCUGAUGAGCUUCAAGGCACGAUGCCGUCGACGCCCCCAUCUCCCGUUCCCGUGCUCGAGGUCCCGCCGCAUACCACCCCAAAGCUACACCAUAGCCUUCAGCACGACAGUUCCGUCCUCGCCCUCGCCGUGAGCAAUAGCAGCAUCUACGCAGGCACUCAUGAUGGAGAGAUCGUGGUAUGGUCCCUGGAAACCUUCCAGCAGACCCAUCGCGUACAGGCCCACAAGCGCAGUGUCAUGUGCCUGUUCAUGUCCGAAGAUGGCUCCCUUCUAUUCUCCAGCGCCAGCGACCCCAUUGUCAAUGUCUGGUGCCCGAAAACCAUGACCCGCCUGUACGAGAUAUACAGCUUGAACGACUCCUUUGGCGACAUCUUCUCUGUUGCCUAUUCCUCCCAGUACGAGACCGUCUACUACGGCGCCCAAAAUUGCUCCAUACAGUGGGUAGGCCUGAAGGACCCGGAUCGACGUGUAUCCCACGACUCUGCGAACCAUCCCGAUCGACGCAACCACCGCUUCUUCGACUCUAGAGCUGUGGGCGGCGGUGCCAGUACCCCACGCCCAACCGACGAGCGGUACGAGUUGAUUCCUCGAUCGCAUUCCACCCUCGAAACCAACAAGAGAGCGAACAAGGAGUUUGCCCAUAAUUCCUAUGUCUACUGCAUGCUCAUGACCAAGGGCACAACCGCAUAUGCCGAUCCAGACGAUGAUGUCUUGAUAUCUGGCGGUGGGGAGGGCAUCAUAAGGGCCUGGAAGCUCGGUGGGCGAGAGAUUGGCCCGGAUGGCUAUGAGACUGGCCUCGAGGAAAUCAUUUGCCUCGGAGAGGCUGAUUGCCAGUCAGUCAUGUCGCUUGCUGUUGACGGAUCCUUCUUGUACAGCGGCAGGCUUGAAGGUGUGGUCGAGCUCUGGGACCUAGAUACCAAGCAGAAGCUACGAGUGAUCAAGGCUCACAAGGGAGAUGUCAUGACUCUACAAAUGGGCUGGGGAUACCUAUGGAGCGCCGCACGUUCGGGCACCGCAAGUAAACACAGCACAGUUCACUACGGGGACUUCCAGCCGGAGGCGUCCCAGAAUGUCAGCCAGAAGUAUCAAUGCCUGACUCAAUGGAAAGCCCAUGACGGGAAGAUCCUGUCGUCAGCGAUGACGGCCCAUGAGGGCCAGCAGCUGUACGUGACCGGCGCCAACGACAACAGUAUCGCUGUGUGGUUAUUGGAGAACCAAGCGGCAGCAGAACAGCCAUCGCAGGAGCACCACGAGGAUAUGAUGAUCACCUCUCUGAGAGAGUUCGUCUCCUUCAAAACCAUAUCGUCACGACCUGAAUAUGCCGAGGACUGUCGUAGGGGCGCCACUUUCCUCCGUACUCUGUUCAAGAAACUAGGAGGGGAUGUGGAGAUGCUCUCUGCUGACGACCAGCUUCAUCAUCCUGUCGUGCUCGCCAAGUUCAGCGGCAAGCUCGAGCCUGCUAAACAGCGGAAAAGGAUACUCUUCUACGGCCAUUACGACGUUGUUCCAGCCGACAUCAAGAGCGGCAAGUGGGAGAAUGACCCUUUCCAGCUGACUGGGACCAAUGGGUACCUAUACGGUCGCGGAGUCAGCGACAACAAGGGGCCCAUCAUGGCUGCGCUCUAUGCGGUCACUGAUCUCAUGCAAUCCAAGUCAUUGGACUCGGAUGUCGUCUUUUUGAUCGAAGGCCAGGAAGAGUCGGGAUCUCGUGGCUUCAGGGAGACUGUGCGAAAGUACAAAGAGCGCAUCGGCCACAUAGAUUAUAUUCUCUUGGCGAACAGCUACUGGCUGGACGACCACACGCCAUGCCUGACCUAUGGUCUAAGGGGCGUUAUGCACGCCACAGUCUGUGUCGAGUCGACACAUCCGGAUCUUCACUCCGGCGUUGACGGCUCUUACAUGGUCAACGAGCCACUAUCUGACCUGAUGAUUUUGCUCACCAAGCUCAAAGGCCCUCGCAACCGAAUUAUGCUUCCUGGCUUCUACGAUGGCAUACUGCCUCUGACGGCGGAGGAGGAGGCUCGAUACGACGACAUUCUAUCUGUCCUCAUGGAGCAGAAUGAAGGGAAGCAAUCUCCUGAAACCCUCAAGAGGAAUCUAAUGGCGCGCUGGCGGGAGCCCAACCUGACACAUCAUAAGGUCAAGGUCUCAGGUCCAGAUGGUAGUCUGAUCAGCAGCCACGCAAACGCGAAGAUCAGUGUUCGACUGGUUCCGGGUCAAGAGGUCGAAGAAGUUACUAGCUCCCUCACCACCUUUCUCGAAACCGAGUUCACCAAUCUUGAGUCGGAUAACAAACUCAGCAUACAGAUCGAUAACCAGGCCGAGCCUUGGCUUGGCGAUCCUAACAGCUACAUCUUCCGCACCCUCGAAGAGGCUGUCGUGCAGGCAUGGUCUCCGUUGUUUGCUUCUGACGCGAAUGGAGCUCACACGAACGGACACUCACCCAAGAUUCGCAAGCCUCUCUAUAUCAGAGAAGGUGGUUCCAUCCCAGCAAUAAGAUUCCUGGAGAAGGAGUUCGACGCUCCAGCAGCACAUCUUCCCUGCGGACAAGCGUCAGACUCGGCCCAUCUCGAUAACGAGAGGCUGCGUGUGGUCAAUCUCCUCAAGAGCCGUGAGAUAUUCGGACACGUGUUCAAGAAGCUGUAA